GAGAGGGAUAUGUGCACCGGUUUAGGAUUAGCCAAUUUGUAUAAACGGCUGUUUAAUAAUCUGAGCUGUGGCCACAGGCUUUAUUUCUGAGCAGCAGAGUAGGACGCUGUUUCCCCAACUCUCCCUCUGAGAUACUUCAGCCUUUUCUGCUUCUAUGAGAGCGCCUGGAUCAGCAUAAAGCUACGGGAGGGUGGUCAGAGGAGAGAAGGAAAAAACAUUUCAAUCCGGAGGAAAUACAUUCAGCAACACCUCAGGCACAGGCAUGACACAAGGGAAGGUCUGCGUAAUGAACAAAACGACCAAGUCGAUGCAAGAAGGGGCAUCCCCGCCCAGCUAUGAGGAGGCGACCACGGCCGAAAGCAGCCCGUGCUACAGCGGGGGUUACUAUGGUGACGGGGAGAUGCUUACGCAGUGGGGCUGGCAUGAUCAGAACAUUCGUCGCAUCUUCAUACGGAAGGUAUAUGCCAUCCUGAUGACCCAGUUGUUGAUCACUCUGGCCAUUGUGGCUCUGUUUACAUUCUGUGACCCAGUGAAGAUCUACAUUCAGGCCAAUCCAGGCUGGUACUGGGCCUCUUACGCAGUGUUCUUUAUCACGUACUUGACGCUCUCUUGCUGCGCGGGAACAAGGAGAAGAUUUCCAUGGAACCUGAUCCUACUGGCUGUGUUUACUCUGUCUGUCUCCUAUAUAACAGGAAUGUUGUCCAGUUUUUAUGACACCAAGUCCGUGAUGAUCUGCUUGGGCAUCACUGCAAUGGUCUGCCUAUCUGUGACCACCUUCAGCUUCCAGACCAAGAUUGACAUCACUUCCUGCCAAGGCGUUCUUUUUGUGCUGUGUAUGACCAUGUUCUUCUGUGGGAUUAUGCUCUGUAUCGUCCUGCCCUUUGGAUAUGUUCCCUUGUUACACGCUAUCUACGCAGUGUUGGGAGCAACCCUCUUCACCAUGUUCCUGGCCUUUGACAUGCAGCUCUUGAUGGGGAACAAGCGUUACACUAUAAGCCCGGAGGAGUACAUCUUUGCCACGCUCAACAUCUACCUGGACAUUGUCUACCUUUUCACCUUCCUCCUGCAGAUUUUUGGCUCGCAUGAUUAACCAGCUGCAGACUCUUCAGCACCGCAGAGCCAGUCAUCUGCUCGAUCUUGUUGUUUGCUCCCUCCUUCCUCUCCCAGUCUGCGCCACUGUAAAAUGUCAUUUUACAAUAAAGGUCCCAAUUUGAGUCA